AUGCCAGUCGUAGCCAACAAUUCACCCAUCAAUAAACCACGACCACAGUUGCAACCCUCGGCCAUGCCCCUUCAACCUAUGAGGAACCCCCCGCUACCAUCGGAGAUGAUUCUCAAUAGAACAAUGAUGACAGAAAAACACCUGUCGCCGGUGAAAAGUCAGCCCUAUACCCAGGCUGAGAUCAAUUAUACGAACCUAAACUACAUUUCUAUCCCGCUACCUCAUCCUACUGCCAACAUCUACACUGACUCUCCAGUCAAACGCCCUGCUGUCCCUUCCCAACCACAGUUUCACCCAAUGGCAAUUAUGCAACAACAAUCGUUGUUCACCACGUUUGACAGUACUAUCUCCACAUAUCAACAGGAGAACAUGCUUCCCCAAUCUGCAACUCACGAGACCUUCGUAGACUUCCCGGAACCAUCAUACAUGCGCAAGAACGUUCUCAAGAGGUCUUACUCCGACGCAGAGGCAACUGUGGAACGGUCCUUCAAACGCACGAGGCAAGACGAAUCAACUUCAGAAGACAUUCCAGCACCCGAGGAUAUGCCUCCUGUGGUCGACGACGGCAACAAGCCAAAUCUCAGUUACGCCCAAAUGAUUGGGAUGGCCAUAUUGCGGGCACCCAAUCGACGGUUGACACUCUCGCAAAUCUAUGAGUGGAUCUCCAACACUUUCGCAUAUUAUCGCGAGGACACAAAACAAAGCUGGCAUAACAGUAUCAGACACAACUUGUCGCUUCACAAGUCAUUCAUCAAGAAAGAACGACCCAAGGGUGAUGCUGGCAAGGGUUGCUACUGGAUGAUCGAACCUGGAACCGAGAGCAGCUUCUUCAAAGACAAAACUCGUCGAGGGAACUCGUCCAAUAUGUCAAUGCAAUCUGGCAUCAUGCGCCCUGAGCUCAUGAAAAUGGCACAGCCACUAUCUAGCUCUAUGACACCAAAUCUCUUUAUCAACCAGUCAAGCGAACCACCCAGACCUCGGACUGCUCCCGCACUUCCCGAUCUCUCAUCCGAUGCCACCUUGCCUGCGUCCGACCCUGCCCUUAAUGAGCAAGAGGCAGCAGUCUCCAUGGCAUCCCUUCCACAACCCAAGUCGUCGCCACCAGAGGCUUUGGAUUCCUCUCCGCCUGUAGUUGGAUCUCGCCAUCGUCGCAAUAUAUCCUCCCCUACUAACCGGAUUCAAAGACCAUCAUCAGCACAUCGCCAGAAGAUCACUUUAAACAAACCUGAUGAUAGCGGAUACUUUUCGUCUAUCGAGUCCUCUGUUCUGCGACCGAACAAGAACAAAAUCGUUCUGACUUCGGAGCUUGACAUUGAGCCAUUGAACAAGAAGCGUGCGGGGAGAGCAGAACAGGAAAUAGCUCGCCUUCGAGCUUCUUCUCACGAUCUCACUCCUAGUCACACCAGAUUCGGCUCGUUUGGUGGAGAUUAUGCCCAGCUGUCCUCUCCCGUACGUGUUGGUCCUGCCAUGGGUGCAAAUCCAGUGACACCAGCAGUCCGCUUCAAGAAGCCCCAAAGGCCACCCCAAUCCAUUUCCCCAAAUACUCAACUCCAUCUUCAUCGGCAAGCUAUGCAGGAUUUUCGAAAUUCUCCAAUGAAGGGGAAUGGCGCUUGGCAGACUGAUAUCAACCCAAGUAGUCCGUUUGGAUACUCGGCUGUUACACCUUCUGGUUUUGGAGACGAAUCCUUUGAGAUAUUCUCCGAUCCUGUCAACACUCUGACACCAUUCACACCAGCAUUCACCUCCUCCCCGUUGAAAAUGUAUCAACAGCGAAGCUCGCUUGGCCGACCCAUGACUAGUGGAGUCGUCCUCGGCGAGUUGAGUGGAAGCAUGCUGAAAGUGAAUGCAAGGACUCCUCAUCGUGGUCAUCUUCUCAAAGCCACUGUUGGAGUGACCAAUACUGGCUCUCCGCUCAAGAGUUCUCUGAACAGCACUGCAGCACUGGACGCGCAAAAUGAUCUUUUUGACUUCAACUCUUUCGAGAAUGAUGUAUCUGACAAUGAUGAAGGCGUCGACAUUCUCCAGGGCUUUGGAAGAAUCGGUGACUUCUCGGCUCAGAAUGGAGGACAAAUUAAUGGCGUUCAACCUUCGAACCGUCCGUCUUUGGGCGGCCGCAGCCAGACAUCACUAUUUUAG